AUGACGUACGCGACGUACGGCCUUCCGCGGUACGUGAUUGCCAUCCUGCACAUCAUGGAGGCACACAAGGACUGCCUAAAGUGGACCGUCUCAGAGAGGUCCCACAAACUCAGCCUCACAUUAACUUGGGAUUUCAAAUUUAGAGACGGAAAAGUUAAAAAAACUUUUUGGGAAAAACUUCAAAAAACAUUAAAAGGCGGUGGUAGUAACAAUAGUGGCGGCAGUGGUGGUAGUGGUUCGACUCCAGGUGUGUCGGGUGGUACAAAAUCUGGAAGCGGUAGUAACAGUGGUAGUAAGAUGAACGUUGACGAAUUGACGUCAGAAAUUCCUCGGAACUUGAUAAGAUUCAUAAAACAUUUGGAGAUGGAGACGAAGGAGGAAGAGCGUGGAUUGCAGAUGGCGAGACAAUCUCUACAGAGAGCCAGCCAGCAAAGAUUGAACAACAUCGGGACCAACAACAUGGGAAGCAACAAAACCAACCAACACCAAUCGUCAUCCGCUCUCAAACGUCAACAACGGUGGUCCAGAUAUUCGUUACAAUCGUUACCCGUUCGUUACCAAUCGAACAGUCAAACACAUCUAGCCAGGCUGAACGACGCGAACACCAACGUGAAUGUUAAUCAGCACGUAGUGGGUAGCGGUGGACAGAAACAGACAUCCGGAUACAAACAAGCAGUACAGAACCAACGUUACAAUGCCAUGAAGAGUUUCGCCAGUUACCAUCAACUACCAACUCGAGACAUCCUCUCACCAUACCACGGAGAAUGGCCGGAUGGAAGUUUUGAAGCAUCUUCAGAUCCGGUGGAUGAUGGUUGUGUGGCGCCAGAGAACAUCAUCGCCUCGGGUGGUCCUGCCGCCGUUCAGAUUCGAUCGAAAUCAGGAGGAGGCCAUCGAAUCAACUUCAACCAAAUGACAAACGUAGCGUGGACCAACGGUAGAGGAUUGAAAACAGUUAGCGGGAUCGGUCCGGAGCAAAAUGACAUGAUAAGUUUGAAACCGGUCCGACAACCGCCUGAAACAUCGAGUGCAUCCUGCAGAGGAGACGACUUGGAUGAUGAUUCGGAGUUUAACGAAACGUCCAUACACGCGGGACCGUCAAAUAUCCGAAGAACCGACAAACGACACACAAAUGUUACAAAUCACAAAGCAACCUCAGGCAAUAUUAGCAGCAAUGCCACAAGAAAGCAGUCGCAUCCCUCUAGAAUUUCUACAAAUUCUGAACAUCGCAGAAGUACGAGCGUCGGAAGUAGUAGCGGCGGUGGCGGAGCUGUGAGAGGAGUAACGACAGCACGUCGACGCGAGAUGAGUUCCGCACCUCUCUCCGCCAACAACCAAAUUUCAAGCAACAAACUAAAAGAAGUACUGACCUCGAUGGCGAGUCACUGUCCCCUCAUGCCACAGACUAACUCAGCAGCAGCAGCAGUCACGUCCGAUUCCGACUCAGCAUCCGAGCUGCAGAGCGAUGAAGAUGAUUCAGAGCGCAAGCAAACUGUCAACCAAACAGUUAUCCGAUGCUUGGAUAGUUGUGAUAAAAUUUUAUUUCGCCACUCUACCACAAUCACUUAGAAGAGAUUUUUAAAUUUUCAAGAGAAAAUAUACGAACGUUGAAUUCUAUACAUUUGAGAUGAACGACUUGCAAUAGAAAUAAUUGCGACGCACAUUUAGUAUUACAAACAAGUUUUAUACGAUUUUAUUCAUUUGUGACCGCCAAUAAUUAAAAAUAUUAUUAACACCAUAAUAUCGAUAUUAACUUGAUGUAACUUUUACUGAUACUAUUAUAUCAGAUGGGAAAUAUUAACAUAGUUUGUUAUUUUUAAUGUUUAAAACAAAAAAUCGAUUCAAGUAUGAUAUUGAUACUGUAUGAUAUUAUUGUUUUACGUUAGUGAUAAUAACUAUUAUACUUAUUGUCACUAUUAUUAUUAUUAUAGUUUUCGUUGUGGUUGUAACUUUAACAGAUUUCAAUUCAACACACACACACACACCACACACAUAUAUACACAAAUGUCUAUACAUACACAUUUGUGUAUAAUACGCACCUCAAGUUUUUCAAACAAUGGUGAAAAAUGAUAGAAACAAAGACUUAAAUUUGUACAUUAUCUUGACAUUGCAGAUAUUUUUUAAAUUUUUUUAUCAAAUUGAGAUAGAAGUUAAUAAAAUAUUUGUGAAAAUAAA